AUGGGGGUUCUUAACCUUUGGAACACGCCACCUUCGUCGCCGUUGGAGCAGUCACGGAUGAAGCAGCGUGUUGUGGGAGGGGAGGUUGGCUUGCAGACGGAGGGCAGGUGGCGGGAUGGGGGGGCGAAGGAGGGUCUGAUGGUGUUUCCCUCUCCAACGACACCUGUGAAGUGUUUUUUGGGUAGUGGCGGCAGCGAGGUGAAUCGAGUGGCACCGUCAGAGGUGGUGGUGGGUGAUAGGGACGACGGGGAGGGGCGCGCGGCGGUGGAGGAGGAAUUUGUUAGGAUUCUUCAGCGGCAAAAUGCCGGGUUGGUUGCUGUUGUGUUGGGUGAGUAUGGCCAGGAUAUGGUUGGGUAUGUUGCUGGACUUCUUCGAAGUGACGUUGGGAUGAUGCCUUGGCAAUUGGGUCUGUCUGCCAUAGGGAAGGGAUCUUCUUCGGUGGUGUUUAAGGUUAGCACAGGCGUAGUGGUGAAAGCAGAGGAGGGAGCAGCUGCAAGACGGUCAGAAGAGACACGGUCACUCGCUUUGAAGGUACCGUUGUCUAAGCGGAAGGCAGGCAUUUUGUUCCAUGAGGUGCUCAUUUACUCGUACUUGUGGCAGCAGGCGCGUGGGCGAUUAUGCGCGAACCAUGUUGUUUCCUUCCAUGGGGUGACAGCGAUUACUAAAGAGCAGUAUGCACGACUCCGUGCGAACGAAGUAGUGCCAGGGUUGGUGUUGGACCGGAUGGAUCUGACCUUGGAAAAGUUUUACCAGGAGCAGCCCAUUGCAAAGCGCCAGUGGUGGAAGUUCGCUUCGGAUCUUUUAGUUUCGUUGCAGUUUCUACGCCAGAGUCUUGUUAUCCAUGGCGAUAUCAAGACGGCCAAUGUGCUUGUACGCGGACGUGAUGCCUUCUUGGCGGACUUCACCUCUGCAUCUGUGCGGGACUGUCCUUCCGGCGAGGUGCUUAAUACGACGUUGGAGUAUUGCUCGCCGUUGUUGAUUGAGGGUAUGAAGCCCAACUAUGAUAGUGAUUUGUACGCUACUGGUCUCUGCCUCCUUUGUCUAAUUACUAAACACGAGCCCUAUCGUGAGUUAUCGAUGCUGAAAUCUCAUACUAACAUACCAGUGGCAAAUUCGCUGCACGAAACGCAGUGGCUCAUAAACGCCAUCUCGAAAUGCGAUCCACUCAAAUACAAUGUGCUUAAACAAGACCUUUAUGACUUGUGGGAAGACGAGUUGCGCUUUUUGAAACGCUUCUUCCAGUCAGACAGAGAACCCUUGCUACAUAUUUGGAUAGCAGAAUCGCGCUCGCAACUCGAGAAAUGUGCAUCCUGA